CUUGGACAAAAAAAAAAAAGAAAAGAAAAGAAAAAUGCAAGCAUAUAUGGUCAAGAACAAGCUUACUGCUGCCAUCGUUCGUUAUAAAGUGGUACUACAGUACAACAGUUCUUGCAGUGACAAAGAAAGUUGUUUGAUCAUAUCGACAAUCUGUCAAUUAAUUGGACCAAAUUAUUUUGAAGGGAAGUAAAAUUAUGAAACUUUUUUAUAAUAUAUCACAGCCUGUCAAAAGUGUUAAACUAAGUAUUGCUUUUAUAAUAAUCGAGUAAAUAUUAAGAACAUUAAUCCACAUUGCAUUCAUUGCCCCAUGAAUGCAAUGAAUUAUGUUUAUUCAUAAUUCAUUGCAUUUAUGGCGCUUACAAAACUACGAAUGCGUCUUGUCAAAAUCUGAGCACUUUGUAGCACCUUACAAGACACCUCUGCUGAAUUGCACACAAGCUGGGUUGCUGGUUCUUUUGCAUUUUCAUUAUGACAAAAGGCAAAACAACUCACUAGAGAAAUGAUGAGUAAGCCUUCUGAGUCAAGUGAACUUUGAAGCUGGAGAUUUGACUUCACAGCAAAAAUCCACUCCCUCCAUGAACUCUGAAUUUUUGAUCCACAAUAAAAAACAAUACAUUUUCUUCUAAGUCAAUAGAUGUAUUAAAGUUAAUCAAUUACUGCAGUGCAACACCUUUAAUUUUGUCAUGAAGCAAAUAGAGAUCAGAGUCCAGUGAAAUAAGCAACUUAUUUCUCCAGAGACAACAAAUAUUGAUCAGUACCUUUACAGAUGGUACAGAGCGAAAAUUUUCUUCUUCACAUAACAUAAUCUUUUUUCCUUAGAAACAAAUUAAAAGCUUCCUGACCGUCCAGGUUGGCAGAAUGGAUUUGUUUUUUUCCAUAUUUGGUUUCUUUUUUGAUUGGGAUUUAAAGAGUCUACUGCUGUUUGCAGUGGUUUUCAUCAUCACUGCGGAUUAUGUUAAAAACCGUCGACCACGUGGCUUCCCUCCAGGACCCAGAGCUCUACCAAUUGUGGGAAACAUAUUUACAUGGGACCAAAGCAAGCCCCAUGAGAAGCUGAUUGAGCUGGCAAGGACUUAUGGAGAUGUAUACAGUCUAAGAUUUGGUCAGAAUUGGGCAGUGGUGUUAAAUGGAUUCGAUGCCAUCAAGGAGGGUUUGGUUGUAAAUGGAGACAACAUGGUGGACCGCCCAGUACUUGCUUUGCAGGACGAAAUAGGAGGCGGAUUAGGUGUUAUAUUCAGUAAUGGAAACCUCUGGAAACAGCAGAGACGCUUUGCUCUUUCAACCCUCAAAUACUUUGGGUUCGGGAAGAAGUCUCUUGAGCCUGUCAUCCUGGAUGAAUUCACACAUUGCGCAGAAGAGAUCCGAGGCCAUAAAGGAAAGCCUGUGAAUCCACAUCUCAUCAUCAACAAGGCCGUCUCCAACAUCAUCUGCCACCUGGUCUUUGGUCACCGCUUUGAGUACGGGGACAAGAAGUUUGUGAAACUGAUGCUGCUGUUUGACAAGGCACUCCACAUUGAAGCUUCUAUUUGGGCACAGCUCUACAAUUCCUUUACUCUGCUGAUGAGAUUGUUGCCAGGUCCACAUCAGACCCUCAAACAGAUCUGGAGCGAUGUGAAGAAGUUCAUACGAGAAGAGCUGAACCAGCACAAGAAGAACUGGGAUCCUUCAAACAGCAAAGAUUACAUUGACUGCUACCUGCAGGAGAUUGAAAAGUAUAAAGCACAGAAUGGCAGCACAUUUGAUGAAGAAAAUUUGAUCAUGUGUGUCCUGGAUCUGUUUGUGGCUGGAUCAGAAACCACAUCCACCACCCUGCGAUGGGCAUUUCUCUACAUGGCUAAAUACCCUGAAAUCCAAGAAAAGGUCCAAGCAGAGAUAGACAGAGUAAUUGGACAGUCCAGACAGCCGUCUAUGGAGGAUCGUGCCAACAUUCCCUACACAGAUGCCGUAAUCCACGAGAUCCUCAGGAUAGGCACCAUUGCCCCUCUUGCCUUGCCACACUCUACCAACAAAGAAGUCCAGCUAGGAAGUUACACCAUCCCAAAGGAAGUGCUGAUAAUCCCUAAUCUAGCUUCAGUGCUGCUUGAUAGGAAAGAAUGGGAAACGCCUUUCACCUUUAACCCAGCACACUUCCUGAAUGACAAGGGCAAGUUUGAAAAAAAAACAGCUUUCAUCCCUUUCUCUGCUGGAAAGCGUCUGUGUCUGGGAGAAAACCUGGCCAGGAUGGAACUUUUCCUCUUUUUCACGUCCUUCAUGCAGCACUUCACUUUCUCAAUGCCGCCUGGAGUAAAGGCGGUGAUGGAUUACCGUGCAGGAAUCACUCUGGCACCAAAACCAUAUGAAAUCUGCAUAACACCACGCUAAGACCAACGUUUUCAUUAUUUUAAAGAAAUGCAAGAGCAAAAAAAAAAAAGCAUACCUGCCAUGCCUUUCUCCCCACAAACAUCAAUUUCUGCUGUAUAAGUGCAUACUGUGAAAUAUUUUGUUUUCAAUUGUGAAGACUUCUACUUAAUUGCAGAUUUUGUUUAGACGAGUGUCUUACAGGAAAAAAAUACCUAGAAAACACAGUUUCAGGUAGUUUUGGAAGAGCGAUCAAGCCAUUUCCCAAUGAUUUGGUGUUCAUCAUUCAACAAACAGCAACAAUGACAUACUGAAAAUUUCCAAUCUUUCUAGGUGUGAAUGCAAAUUCCUCCAGAAUUGAGAGAAAAUGCAAAACAAACCAUUAACUACACCUAGGCUUUCAAAGGCCACAAACAAGUUUUCAGUUAAAAAAAAUUAUAAAAACAGAUGUUUUAUGAUUGUAUUGGUAGAAAAUCAAAAAAAAAAAAAAAGAGCAUGUAAGUUUCAGAGAGAGAAGAUCCAAAGUGAUGGAGAACCCAGUCAGCAUUUUUCAGAGAAAUUAAUAGGAACAUGGCAGUACAGAAAAAGUUCGCAUAGCUGCUUCAUUGCAACAAAUCGAAAGGAAUCAACAUUCAUUAGUUAUUCCUUUUAAUACAGUGUAUUUUGCUUAUUUUGGUUUUGCAGUUUUAAAUUGCUUGCUUGUUGUGAUUUGAUGCUCUACUGUUCUCCUGCCAGAAGAUAUUAAAAAUGUACUUGCUUUACUUUGAACUGAA